CCCUCCCCCGUCCCGGAGCGCAUCGUCCCUCUGUCAGUUUCCGCGCGUCGCUCUGAGGGAAUAAACGCUCCAGAGCCGAUUCCUCGGUCUGUCUGCGCUCCGGAUCAGCCUGUCUGCAGCCCGACCUCCUGCUGGACGGCGGGAUGGAAUCCGCUCACCUUUGACCCAUCGGUGGUUUUGGAGGAGAAUAUCAGAUUUUUUUGUGGAGGAAGCAGAGAAAUGUGAGAGUAAAAGCAGCUGAAACGUCUCCAGGACCCGACGCUGCUUCCAUUUCCUGCUCUGGACUCUGAGCUCUUUAUCCGUUUGGACCGGCCGUCCUCCAUCAGGUCCUCAGCCACUCCUCCUCCCUCUGCGGCUCCCCUCUUCAUCAGGAGGAGAGGAAGAGGAGGGCAGACCACACCCAGAGUCCCAGCAGCUCCAUUCUCCUCUUCCGGGCUGCAGAGGGUCCGGACGUGUCGGCGCUGCAGGGCGCAGAGUGUGUGUCGGUGUGUGUUUGGUGCCUGAACGGAGCCGGGAUGCUGCUGCUGCCUCUGACCCUGCUGGCUCUUCAAGCUAACCUUUGACCUCUUCUUGUUCUCUCCCCUCAUCUCCAUCUUGCAAACGUUUUCCUCUCUGUCCUCCAUCGUUCUUCCCCUUCAUGCUCCUCUGAUCUUCAACAGCCUCAGAUUUAAACCAAACACAUUUUAAAGCUUUUAUCAGCGUUGAUCUGAUUUACAGUUGUUUCCUGUCUUCUCCCUUCACCUCCCAACCCUCCUCCAUCUUGUUAUUAAAAUGAAAGCCCCCCCCAUGCCCCGCCCCAUGCCCCCCAUGCCCCGCCCCCUGAGGUGAAAGUUCAGGGUAGCACAUCUUUGGUUGAGAUCGGUGCUGAGGCCUCAGUGGAAACUGCGAGAUGCAGUUUGAGACAGAAACCUGUGGAGCUCCAGCCGGCCUGUGCCGCGGCGCCUGCGUGGAGGUGGACUCGGACACGGAGGCCGUGGCCAACGAGGGCUUCAAACUGGGCUGCAUCUCCUGCAAGAUGAGAGCCGAGGUGCGGGCCAAAGCCGUGGUCUCCUGGUCCUUCAGAGGCGCCAACGACAAAGACUUCUCUCCGCUGUAUGAGUAUGAGGAGAAAAGGGGCAACAUUUUCGACCCGCGCUUCGAGGAGCGUCUGGACUGGAACGGCAGCAAAAACACGGAGGACCUGCAGGACGGCUCCAUCUACAUCCUGAACGUGACCUUCAACGACACGGGAACCUACAUGUGCAUCUUCAGGAGAACCCUCAUCUACACCAACUACCAGCAUGAGAACAGCACCACCAAGAUCAUCCGCCUCCAGGUGGUCCCAAAACUAACCAGAGGCAUGGCGUCCAUCCUGUCCGAGGUCAUGAUGUACGUCUCCAUCAUCGGGCUUCAGUUCUGGCUGGUGGUGGAGAUGAUCUACUGCUACAGGAAGAUCUCAGCGGCCGGAGAGGAGGCGCUGAGGGAGACCGAGGCCGAGUAUUUAGCCGUUGCUUCAGAGAGUAAAGAGAACUGCGGCGCCGUCCAGGAGGCAGAAUGACCCGGUUGAUGGAGAGUCCAAGGCGACGGCCCUGAGGAACUCCACCUCCCUCUCGUCUCUCCUCGUGAUGGAAAUCCUGGAAGCCCUGAGCGCAGGCAGGAGUGAGAGAAGAAGAGAGCAGAGCAGCAGGAUCCACAGGAAGAGAGCCGCUGUAAAUAUGCUUCCACUCCAGUCCGCCUCCCUCUGCAUGCUGACCAGCAGCCAGUCCUUCCUUCCUCCUCAGGUUUAACUCACUGUUUGCUUUUAAGGAUGACAUUUUAAAAAGGAAAACAGCAACAAAUGAGUUUUUAAAAAAUCCUUUAAGAACCUUCAGCUGCUCACUGCCAACUGUUAACGCAGCUGAAGUUUUUCCUGUUUGGACUUUCUCUUCUAAAACCUGCAGAAAAAGAGAAAAACAAACAUUAUUCAUCAGUUAUUAUGCAUCAAAACCAAACUGGCUCAUGUUUCACGCCUCUGCAUGUUGUCUAAUCAGACUUAACAGUGCUGCAGCAGUGCCACCCAGUGGACCAAAAGAGAAACGACGCGUUUCACCUCGAUGCUCCGCGGCGUUCAGGGGGUUUAUUUAUCAAAUAAAUCAAUAAAUUAAACUCCAGGCCUCAGUCUACACGUAUCACAGCUGAAUAUUCUGCAGAGUAUCAAACUGUGGACAUUCUGUCAGAUACCUGCGUUAUUACAGCUGAAACAUUUUAAUUGUGCAUGUUUACUAACCUGGACCAGGAGGAAACGGGCCGAUGUGGGAUCUGCUGCUCCGGCACCGAGGAGAUGAACCCAGGAAGAGUUUAACAUCCAGCAGCCCCGGGUCCUCCUCCAUGCAACUCUGGACCAAAUCAGGCUUAAAAUGAUGUCUUAAAAGGUGCUUUGCCCAGUAAAAAGUCGGCAAAUAUUAAAAUAUACCUUCCAGUCGGCAUAUUUGGACAGUUUUUAGUCCUUUUUCGAUUGCAUGACUCUCCAGAAGUGCUUUAACUUAAAGCCGAUUUCUGCCUUCCACUGAUUAUAAUCUGCUGUAAACAUAAAAUAAUUCAAAGCUCCAGCUGAAGCUUCACGCUGCUGCAGCUCACGUUUAUAUUUCUAAUAUAUUAAUGAAGUUUCCUGUAAAAGUGUCCGAAUGUCCAGCAUCUUUCUGAGCAGAAUCAGAACUAGAACCCUACAGAACAUUACAUUCAGUCCAAAUGUUUCAGCAUAAAGAAAAUUCCUGCUUAACGAUGGAAAAACUCACAUUGGUUACAUUUUAUUUAUUGUUGAUCUGUUUUUAACUGAAGCAAAUCAAACCAAAUCUGUCUGAAAAAAGAAAAUCUGAAUUUUUUUCACAUUUGAAUCUCAAAUUUCACUUUUUUUAAACACGUCUGAUCAUCAGUUUUCCUCCUCUGAUGUUUUUUCCCUCAUAUUUAAAUUUGACCGAAUCGAACUGGAAAUCUGCUGGUUCUGUAGACGGAUUCCCAUGAGACCAGAAGUGGUCAGGAGUCAGAGCUCAGAACCAAACGUUCUUUCUGGGAGCUCACUGAGCGACAAUCAGACCCAGAAACGCAGAAAACAGGAAGUUUUGGCGCUGAGCCGAGAAGGAAGCUGCAGCUCAAAGUGAGACUUCCUGCGUUUCACCGGAUCAUCGCAGCAGAACCUGCAAUCUCACUGCUGUGCAGCAAAUGCUCCACGACACCAACCUUCAGAAAAGGUCAGAGGUGAAGCCUUGUUUUCAGGUUGGGUAAAGUUCUGGCACUUAAAGACUUCCGUAGAAAUUGACUUGGUCUUCCUGUUAAAACUUUCUCCACCAGCAGCGUUUUAAUCCAGAUUAGGUGAAAUCUGGAAAAGGUGGUGGAGUUUAAUUGGGUGAUUUUAGAAGUAAUCAGUGAUAAUGUAUUGUUGUGCAUGAGACUGUUACUAUGGUUACACUGCAAUCGAAUAAUCCAGAUUAUUUGCAUUUUUACAAAGUAAAACUUACCAAUUUCAAAUCUGAAAUUGAAAAUAAAAUCUCUUCAUGUACUCGCGCUGAAACAGUUUUAUUUUUAAUAAACAUAAAUGUAGAGUUUUGUGAUGUGUGGCCAGCUGAUGCCUUGGGCCGGCUCUGCUAGCUCCAGCAGCUUUUCUUCCUGCCUCCAGUGAACACUAGGGGGCAGCAGAGCGCUGCUCCGCUCUGGGUCCCGGUAACGGAACACCAAGCUGGACAGAACCAGGCUAAGCUGCUCCGCUUCCGGUUCCGCUGCAUGGAAACAACAAAACCGCAGGCUGGCUGCAUGCGUCGCCAUGGAAACGUCAGUCCUAAUAAUAAAAACAUAAAAGUUU